CUCCCUUCAGGGCUCUUGUCCUGGGGUGGCAUGGGUGGUGGGUGACAUGGGUGUGUGCGCGCAGAAGCGAGCCAGAUUCUGUCCCUUAUAACGUCUGGAGGCUGGCAGCGGGGGAAAAAGUGUUGCUCAUUUUAGGCCAAUUGUGAGCCCAGAGUGAAGUAACUGGAAAAGUGGACUCGAAGAAGAGGACUGGGAGCAAGAUGGUGUCCCAGCCGCUGUGGACCGUGCGAGCACAGUUCUUGCUGUGGCUGCUGCUGCCGGCUGUGCCUCUUCCCCGGGCGGAGGCCAGGAGGUCCAGAGUCCCGCUACCCUGCCCCGUGGCUUGCGACCCCACGCGCUGCCCGCCGCUGCCCACCUGCUCGGCUGGCACGGCGCCGGUCCCGGACGGCUGCGGCUGCUGCCGCGUGUGCGCCGCGGCUGAGGGCCAGGAGUGCGGCGGGGCGCGGGGCCGGCCGUGCGCCUCCGGGCUGCGCUGCGGCGCCCCGUACUCCCGGGAGCCCGUCGGGGGCGCGUGGCUGGGCACCUGCGGCUGCGCCGAGGGCGCGGAGGGCGCGGCGGUGUGCGGCAGCGACGGGCGCACCUACUCCAGCCUGUGCGCACUCCGGAAGGAGAACCGAGCCGCGCGCCUGCGGGGCGCGCUCCCGGCCGUGCCCGUGCAGAAGGGUGGCUGCGGGGACCCAGGGACCGCAGGUGCGGGGUGGCUCCGGAGAAAGUUCAACUUUAUCGCUGCGGUGGUGGAGAAGGUGGCGCCGUCUGUGGUUCACUUGCAGCUGUUCCGCAGAUCGCCUCUCACCAACAAGGAAAUCCCUGCCUCCAGUGGCUCUGGGUUCAUCGUGUCAGAGGACGGGCUCAUCAUCACUAAUGCCCACGUCCUCACCAACCAGCAGAAGAUCCAGGUGGAGCUCCAGAGUGGGGCCCAGUACGAGGCCACAGUCAAAGACAUCGACCACAAACUGGAUCUCGCACUGAUAAAGAUUGAGCCAAAAACUGACCUUCCUGUUUUGCUGCUGGGGAGAUCAUCCGACCUCCGGGCUGGAGAGUUCGUGGUGGCUCUGGGCAGCCCGUUUUCUCUGCAGAACACGGUCACUGCGGGGAUUGUUAGCACCACACAGAGAGGCGGCAAAGAGCUGGGGCUGCAGGAUUCCGACAUAGACUACAUCCAGACGGAUGCCAUCAUUAACCACGGGAAUUCUGGGGGGCCGCUGGUGAACUUGGAUGGUGAUGUGAUCGGUAUAAACACUCUGAAGGUCACUGCAGGAAUCUCCUUUGCCAUCCCCUCAGAUCGGAUCAGACAGUUCCUGGAAGACUAUCAUGAGCGCCAGUUGAAAGGAAAGGCUCCUUUGCAGAAGAAAUACCUGGGUCUUCGAAUGUUGCCCCUCACUCUGAACCUCCUUCAGGAAAUGAAGAGGCAAGAUCCAGACUUCCCUGAUGUGAGUUCUGGCGUUUUUGUAUAUGAAGUGAUUCAAGGAUCGGCUGCUGCAAGCUCGGGAUUGAGAGACCAUGAUGUAAUUAUCAGCAUAAAUGGGCAACCUGUCAGCACCACAACUGACGUCAUUGAAGCUGUUAAGGACAAUGACUUUCUUGCCAUCACUGUGCUUCGAGGAAGUCAAACCUUGUUUCUGACAGUCACACCUGAAAUAAUCAAUUAAGCAUCUUACUUUGAGAAACUGGCUAGCAAAACCACUUACAUCAUCACCUGGUCUGUAUCAAAGGUGUGCCCAAGAAAAAUGGAUGCUUUGAUUGCAUGAGCACAUGUUUGUACACAUACAUCAACACACACACAAACACACAUACUGUCAUGGAUCUUGAGGGUGCUUCUCUGCUACGGAAAAACCUUCCUAAGCCAAGUGGAAACAGCCGUGCCAAUCUGAUAAAAUCUAAAGACAAGCAAACAACUGGAAAACAGGUAAUUGCCAAUUAAAUCAGCAACCUAUAUAGACACAAACUGACAUGUCACACACAUGUACACAUGAUCUACCUAGGAAAUAUUAAGAACCUGAAUCUGGAUUGUAAAAGAGCAAUCGUAUUUAAAUAAUACUCCUUUGUAUAUCCAGUUUCCCAGGUUCUAUCACACUUUGGGUCAGUGUUUGUAGACAGAAAGGUUACCAAACGAUGCUAUCAGCUUACCACACAGGGAUAGUACCCUCAAAAUGAUCAUUUUAGCGGUAGUCAUAAUUUUGGUCCUCCAGUGUUUCUGAGAACAACUUCUUGCAUUACAAUGGUUUUUGAACCGUUUAGAGACGUACUUCUUACCUAGGUUCUUUCUUUUAAUGGAGCUUACAAACAGAUUUUUAUAAAAUGAGCUGUGGUAAGCCAGACUCACGGCUUAAAGGGUUUAUUUUGGGUAAUAUUUUAAUUUUAGUUACAAGCCUUCGUGGCUUGGGAGGGUGCUGGGAAUCAAACUAGAGACCAGUGAACAUUAGGCAAGGGUUCACCAAUUGAGCCUUUCAGAAUUUUUUUUUUUUUUUUUUUUUUUUUUAAAUAUGGCAUGCCUGGAUCUCUUAUGUAAAGUUUCAAGUUUCAGGGUCUAGUUUCUUCACAACUAAUCUCAAAAAUAUUUCCUUACGAAUUGAGAAUUCCAGUUGUAAGCAGGGCUGAAGUUAGUGUAGUUUUUAAAGUUUUUAUAGUUGUCAUCUCUAGUGAGAACAGUGAUGCUAUUCACGGAUGCUGAGGCAGAAACUUGGAAGAAGAGUUCUACAAAAUGAUGCUGUUUCCAGGACUUUUGCCACCUGAACGAUCUGUUUUUACGUCAGUUACUAUGGAAAUGAACGUGGAGUAGUUCUACCCUGUCUCUAGACUCUGUACCUAACUGAAGAGCAGGUCUCUUGUUCUGAGAUGUUAUAUUUAAUAGUUCUUUUUAGAUUUCAAAGCUGCUUAUAAGUCAGAACAUCUUUUCUUCCUAGUGACUUGGGAAUGCAGAAACUUGACUGCCUAUAACUCAACUCUGUGAUCCAUUGUGAAAACUUUUACUGUCAUACUUGUGUGGACAGAAUGGGUUUCCUCCUUAUUCCCCUAAAAUAUCCUGAGUUGACCCUAGAACUAGCUAUUAAGUAGACAUAUAUUUUUCUUAAUUUUUGUUUCCAUGGGCAUGGGGUUCCUUGUUUUAUCUCACCUAAUUAAAAGUUACUAAUUAAAAAUUAA